AUGGGUAACAUCUUCUCCAAUCAGUUCCCCGUGUCGGGCAGGACUGUCGUCAUCACUGGUGGUUCCCAAGGCAUGGGAUUAGAGGCUGGUCGGCAAUUGGCACAGAAAGGAGCAAAUAUCGUAAUCGUCGCGCGCAACAUUGAGAACCUAAAGUCAGCAAUCAAGGCUAUUGCGAAAGAGGCUUCCUCGCCCGAGACACAGCGUUUCCACCAUGUCAGCGCUGACCUGAGUUCUGAGUCGGAAUGCGUCCGAGUCAUCGGCGAAGUCGAGGAAUGGAAUGGCGCUCUGCCUGACAUCGUGUGGUGUGUCGCCGGAAGCUCCCGGCCGCAGCUCUUCAUUGACGCCCCAGCCUCCUCGCUGGACUCGCACAUGAAGAAUAAUUUCUUCUCGAGUGCUUACAUGGCCCACGCGAUCUUAAGUCGCUGGCUACGUCCAGUCGAUGAUUUUUCUUCGAAAAAGACAGGCCGCCCAGCAGACCGACACUUAAUCUUCACAUCUUCGCUAGCAGCAUUAUAUCCUAUUAUCGGUUAUGGCUUAUAUAGUCCCUCCAAGCUCGCGUUACGAGGUUUGUCCGAUGCGCUCUCUCAAGAAAUGAACCUCUAUAACGCUGCUCAUCCCAACGAGCCGCGCGUACGCCUUCACACUAUCUACCCAGGGACAAUUCUUACCGGUGGGUAUGAAGGGGAGCUCAGCACCAAACCAGAUGUCCAAAAAUCAGCCGAAGAACUCGAUUUGAAGCAGACAGCGGAUGUGGUUGCCUCCAAGAGCAUCGCGGGUCUGGAGAGCGGCAGAGAGUUUAUUACAACUGAUAUCGUGGCCAGUCUUGCCAGACAGAGCCUUCUGGGUAACACACCUCGAGGAGGAUUCCUACAGGGUCUUUUGGACUUCUUUAUGGCGGGUAUCAUCUCCAUUGCUGUUGUGAUUGUUAGAUGGGACAUGGACAGGCAGGUCAGCGCAUGGGGGCGAAAAUAUGGCACCUCGGCUAAGGUAGACCUCGAGCAAAAAGUAUCAAAGUAG